GUUUUGAGGGAGGUAGCGAUGACUACACUCUCCACCGCUCCCUUCGGGGUGUUACACCGCAGCUGCUAGCUGGCAGACCAACCAGGAACCCAUGGAAGAGGCCCGGAAGAAAUUUAAAGAUGUCAUUCAUGUAGCUGUGGAAGGCUUUAUCAGCUCUUGAGAAGACUUUCCCCUGCGCACACACUCAAACCACUCAAGGCUGGAACUGUAGUGAAGGAAAAUGGAGCUUGGAGAUCUUCUGGCGUUUGCUUCCACAGAAAUGAAUAGCACAACUGUCACCCUGGCUUUGCUAGUGGUCUUUCUGGUUCUACUGUAUUGGUACUCCACCUCUGCAUUCUCCAGACUAGCCAAAGUAGGGAUCCGACAUCCUCCACCUCUUCCUUUCAUUGGAAAUCUGCUCUUUUUUCAGGAGGGCUUUUGGGAAAGCCACACAAAACUCAUAACGGCGUAUGGACCUGUUUGUGGGUACUACAUUGGUCGCCAGAUGUUUGUGGUGGUCUCCACACCAGAGAUGAUCAAGCAUAUCUUAGUGACAGACUUCAGUAACUUCACCAACAGAACUAAGCCAAACCUGAUUUCGAAGCCCAUGCUCGACAGCAUCCUUUGUCUUCGUGAUGACAGAUGGAAGUACGUCCGGAGUCUGCUGACCCCAGCCUUUGGCGAUAGCCAACUGAGAGAGAUGACACCACUAAUAAACGAGGCCUGUGAUGUCCUCCUGAGUAACUUGAAAGUCUAUGCAGAUUCUGGCAAAGCUUUUGAUAUCCAGAGGUGUUACAAGUGCUUUACCUUGGAUGUUGUUGGUAGUGUGGCUUUUGGUACUCAAGUGGACUCUCAGAAGAAUCCUGAUGAUCCCUUUGUUAAGAAUUGCAGAACGUUCUUUGAAAUGUCUUUGUUUAAGCCUCUCCUAAUUCUAAUCCUUUCUUUCCCAUUCAUAAUGAUCCCAUUGCUCCGGAUUUUGCCAAACAAGAAACAAAAGGAACUGAAUGGAUUUUUCAUCCAAAUCAUAAAGAAAGCAAUUAUCUUCAGAGACCGGCAAGAUGCAGCUGAGAGACGCAGGGAUUUUCUCCAAUGGAUGCUGGACUCCCGCAACGCUGCUGCUUCCCUGGGAGCAGAGUGUUUUGAUGGGAUCGGCCCAGCCACCACUUCCAGCCACCAUGAGGCACCUCUUGCGGACAAGGCCCCAUCUGAGAAGAUUCAAAAGAGGUUAACAGAGGAUGAGAUUGCAGGCCAAGCUUUUCUCUUCCUGAUUGCUGGCUACGAGACCACAACUAGUGCUCUGUCCUUUGCCACUUACUUGCUAGCCACCAACCCAGAGUGCCAGGAGAAGGUACUUCAGGAGGUUGACGACUUCUCGGCAAAGCAUAUCAUCCCUGACUAUCAAAAUGUACAAGAACUCCCUUAUCUGGACAUGGUGAUUGCAGAGACAUUGCGCAUGUAUCCACCUGCAUUCAGGUUCACUCGGGAAGCAGCUAAAGACUGCAUAGUGCUGGGGCAGCGUAUCCCAGCUGGGGCUGUCAUUGAAACUGCAGUGGGACAUCUCCACUAUAACCCUGACUUCUGGCCAGAACCUGAGAAGUUCAUUCCUGAGAGGUUUACAGAGGAGGCCAAGAAAGAACGGCAUCCCUUUGCAUACCUGCCUUUUGGGGCAGGACCCCGUGGCUGCAUUGGCAUGAGGAUGGGUUUGCUGGAGACAAAAAUGACUCUCCUGAGGAUUUUGCAGAAGUUUCGAUUUAAGACCUGCCCAGACACUGAGAUUCCUUUGCAGCUGAAAUCAAAAGCUACACUUGGACCAAAAAACGGAGUCUACAUUCAGCUAGAAUCUCGCUAAAAGAAAAUGUGCUUUCUGAAACUUCCCAGGAGGGGACCCCUCUGUCAAUGACUCUCUGGGUGUAAUGUUUUUCAAAACCCCAAAGACAAGUAGGAGCCUAAGUCCCAUUGAUGGUCAGUAGAUGCUGUCUCACUGCCCUCCUGUGGGACUGCAGAGCCUCAGGUCACUUUUGUAAAUGGGAUGUGGGCUCCAAAGUCUUUUUGUGGUUUUUGAAUUGCUGUGAAUAAUAUCUGCAAAGGAGCAUCCCACUUUUCAACUGCUUUUCUAGAUCAUGCUUCCUUUCACUCAUCUUUGAGAAUGCUUUCUGCAGGCUCCGGUUCAAUGAAUGGAGCAGGUGUUAAGUGUACGCUAGAUUUGUGAUAGGUUUUAAUUACAAUUCAUUAUCUGUCACGUCCUGCUGGUGCACCUAUAAUCCCUCCUCUAGACAAAAGCCCAAGAGGCACAACAGUUACAGCAGAAGACCUGGAAUCCAGGGCACUGUUUUUUUAUUCCUGAACUCUGUUAAAAAUUAAAGCCGAGUUUCUUGCACCAUG